AGCGCUGGGGGAGGGGACAUUACUAUUAACCCCUUCAGAUCCACAAGGUUUUAUGACUUAAGGAAGAAGAUCACAAGAUCCAGAACUUUCUGUGUAUUUGUCUCUUUUUUUCUCUUUCUCCGUCUGUUGUUGUUUCCAUUAGCAGCCGCCAUUUCCCAUCGUCUCCUCUUCUUCCCUUCAGGUUUCUCCAAUCCAGGAUCCUCUGCUGAUAUCUUCUAUAUAAGAGAAUUCUCCUGGAUGACCCAUCAACCAUGGAGAGAGACAGGAACAAGAUGACCGACAGGAUCAUAAUCUGGUGAUGACUGGAGAGGUUCCUAUAAGGUGUCAGGACGUGGCGGUCUAUUUCUCCAUGGAGGAGUGGGAGUAUGUAGAAGGACACAAGGAUCAGUACAAGGAUCAGGUGAUGAUGGAGGAUCAGCAGCCCCUCACAUCACCAGUCAGAUCCAGUAAGAGAACAGCACCAGAGAGGUGUCCCCGUCCUCUUGAUGACCAGUACAUUCCUACAGGGAAAGAACAGAUCUAUAUUAAUACUAUAGACAUAAAGAAAGAAGAAGAGACAGAUGUGAGCGGUGAUGAGCAGUAUAAGGAGGACAUUCCUACAGGAAAAGAUCGGAUCUAUAUUAAUACUACAGACAUAAAGGAAGAAGAAGAGACAGAUGUGAGCGGUGAUGAGCAGUAUAAGGAGGACAUUCCUACAGGAAAAGAUCGGAUCUAUAUUAAUACUACAGACAUAAAGGAAGAAGAAGAGACAGAUGUGAGCAGUCAUGAGCAGUAUAAGGAGACCAUUCCUACAGGAAAAGAUCGGAUCUAUAUUAAUACUACAGACAUAAAGGAAGAAGAAGAGACAGAUGUGAGCGAUGAUGUGCAGUAUAAGGAGGAUAUUCCUACAGGAAAACAUUGGAUCUAUAUUAAUACUACAGACAUAAAGGAAGAAGAAGAGACAGAUGUGACGUGUAAUGAGCAGUAUAAGGAGGACAUUCCUACAGGGAAAGAUCAGAUCUAUAUUAAUACUAUAAACAUAAAGAAAGAAGAAGAGACAGAUGUGAGCAGUGAUGAGCAGUAUAAGGAGAACAUCCCUACAGGUAACCUCUCAGAUGACUGUACCAGAAGAUCAGAGGGGAAUCUUAUAUCUUCAGAUUAUAAAGCAGAUGAUGAUAUCACACAAGAUACAUAUGAAGAACAUUCCAUUAUCCCAGAUACACCCUCAGCCCUUCACAGCCAAGAUCACUCAUCUCCUCCUGUUAUACAGGUCCCAUCAUUCAUCCUUAUAUACAGUUCUCAUUCAGCACAGGAUGUUGGGCAACAUAAGGAAAAGCAAUUUUCAUGUGCAGAAUGUGGUAAAUAUUUUAUUCAGAAAUCACGUCUUAUUACACAUCAAAGAACUCACACAGGGGAGAAGCCAUUUGCAUGUUCCGAAUGUGAAAAAAGUUUUACUGACAAAUCAAAUCUUGUUCACCAUCAGAGAACGCACACAGGGGAGAAGCCAUUUUCAUGUUCUGAAUGUGGAAAAUGUUUUACUUAUAAAUGUGAUCUUAUUAGACAUCAAAGAAUUCACACAGGAGAGAAACCAUUUUUAUGUUCAGAAUGUGGAAAAGGUUUUACUUCUAAAUCAAGUCUUAUUAAACAUCAAAGAACUCACACAGGGGAGAAGCCAUUUUCAUGUUCCCAAUGUGGGAAAAGUUUUUCUCACAAAUCAGGUCUUAUUCAACAUAACAAAACUCACACAAGAGCGAAGCCAUUUUCAUGUGUCACAUGUGGAAAAUGUUUUAUUCAUGAAUCACAUCUUUUUAUACAUCAAGGAAGCCACAUGGGUUUGACUGACAAAUAGGGCUGAAACAACUAAUCAAUUAUGAAAAUUGUUUUAUCGAUUUAUUGGUCGAUUAGUUGGUCAGCCAUUUUCUAAAGUUCACAUACACUUAGCGAUUAUCACUAUGUAUAUAUACAGCCUGUUUUGUGUAGAGGGGCCCAGCACAUACAAUCCUCUGCUUCCUGCAGCUAUGGUGAGUCCCCGGUUGUCGGGCUCUGUGCUACAGGCCAGACUCAUAAUGGUUGUAGAGAGAAGAUGCAGGAAGUGGAAGAUUAUCUGUGCUGCCCCCCCUCUUAUUAUGUGUGCC